AAUAUGGCUAUGGAAAAUGAGUCUUCAGUGACUGAAUUCAUCCUGGUAGGAUUUACAGAUCAAUCUCAGCUCCAGUUACCCCUUUUCUUCCUCUUUUUACUGAACUAUGUGGUCACUGUGGUAGGAAAUUUGAGCUUCAUUAAUCUAAUUUGCCUGAAUUCUCACUUGCACACUCCCAUAUACUUUUUCACCUUCAACUUAUCCUUCAUAGAUCUCUGCCAGUCUUUGGUCAUUACACCUAAAAUGCUGAUGAACUUUGUGUCAGAGAAGAAUAUCAUCUCCUUUACAGAAUGCAUGACUCAGCUGGUUUUUUUCUGUUUCUUUGCCCAUUCUGAGUGCUAUGUGUUGACAGCCAUGGCCUAUGAUCGCUAUGUGGCCAUCUGUCAGCUCCUGGUGUACACGGUCACCAUGUCCCCUCAGGUCUGUUCUCUGCUGAUGUUUGGUUCUUAUGUAAUGGGGUACAUGGUCAGAUUGUCCUUCUGUGAUUCCAACAUCAUCAACCAUUACAUGUGUGACAUCUUCCCCCUCUACCAGCUCUCCUGCAGCAGCACCUAUGCCAGUGAGCUGGUGGAUUCCAUUAUUGUGAUCACAGUUGUCAUAAUAUCCAGCUCCAUUAUUUUCAUUUCUUAUGUUUUGAUCCUGUCCAGUGUCCUCCACAUCUCAUCAGCUCUGGGUUGGUCCAAAACCUUCAGCACCUGUGGCUCCCACAUAGUAACUGUUGGUCUAUUCUAUGGAUCUGGGCUGUUCACACAUCUCAAGACCUCUCCUUCUGGUUCUAUGGGCCAGGGGAAAUUCUUCUCAGUAUUUUACACAAAUAUAGUACCCAUGUUGAACCCUUUUAUCUAUAGUCUAAGGAACAAGGAUGUCAAAUGUGCUCUGAAAAAAACUCUGAAAAGAAUUGCAAAUUAA